AUGUGUCCGACCCGCGGUUCCCGUCAGGCAGCGCGCGGGGCUGCGGCCGCCCCCGCCUCCUGCCCGCGUUCCCUCGGCGGCGGCGGCGCUGAGGUGGCGCCGCGCCCCGGUGAGGUGAGCGAGGCGCUUCAGUCGGCGCUGCCCCAUCCCCCGCCGGCCCGGGCGGCAGGGAGUGGCUGUCCCGCCGCGGCCCCUACGGACGGGAAGCACGGUAAGGUCAGCCUGUUCCAUGCCCCCGGCCCGCCCUGCCGCGCUCCCCGCGCGGCGGGAGCAGCGCUCGGAGGGGACGGACGCGGGGGGAUUGUCGCCGGCGAGACCGGCGCCAUCUUAGGUCGGAGCGUGGCCUGGCGUCCCCGAGCGGGGCCCCCGCGCUGUGAGGGCCCCCGCGAGCCGCCCGCGGGCCCCGCUGGCACCGUCCGGUUCUGCCCUCGAGGGCGGCCCGGGCAGGGCUCGCUCCGCCCGCAGUCGGCCGCGUGGGGCCCUCCCAAGGGCCCCGGGCGUUAA